ACUCGGGAAAGGUGCGAAUAACCAAGCUUUUAUCCUCUUGUGAAACCGCCUGACUUGAUUUCCAUAGAAACCCGAUCGCCUGGCGCGAAUCAGGGAGAAUCAGCGCAAGAGUCGCGCAAGGAAACAGGAGCAUAUCCGGGAAUUGGAACAGAAACUAUCCGCUUUCAAGGACGAGGCCAAUCGCAAAGAUGUUGAACAUAGAAUUGCGGUCCAGAGGCUUGGGGCGGAGAACAGGAAGCUGAGGCAUCUUCUCUCUAGCAUGGGACUGCCCUCCACUGCUGUCAGUGAGUACCUCGAGAUAGACAGUGAUCUGGGGGUGACCCAGAAAGUGGCAAUACCUGCCCUUCGACGGCAGGAAGUUAAACGCCAGUCAUUCAGCCCUGAGAGGAACAGUCUUCAGUCGAUUCCAUUUUCAAACAGGGGGGAUUCUAUCGACGGUAGCGCCCAUACAGUUGAACCACAUCAGACGAAUGAUGGACAUGGUUCAGGGAACGAUUGCAAACCGCUGAAGAAUGGCAACUCGUGUGGAUCUUCUCAGAGUCAUUCAAUCUGUGGCUGUCCUCCUAGCGACACAGACCCAUGGCCCUCGAAUGAUGACGUUCUUAACACUACGCUGUGCGCCAUUGCAGAAGAGCUCAUUCAACAAUACAACACGCGCGGCUUAGACAUGGAAGAGAUUCGCAAAAAGCUCUGGAUUGGCUUCUCGAAAGGCUUCAGGGACGAUGGGUGCAGGGUGCAAAAUCAAGUUCUAUUCCAGGUCUUGGACGAAAUCAGUAACAUGUGAACUGAUUAUCAUUAUCUCGCUAUUACUUCUAUCGCUUUU